AUGUGGGUGAUAAAAUUUAUCUAUUUGUUGGUGUUGACUCUUUGCUUUGCACAAUUGACAUCUGGAUCGAAUGCCACUUCGUCUACAAAUAAUUCCUCAUUAAUCCAAUCUCAGUAUAAUUCCAGAAACUUUCAUUACAAAGGGGUAGCAUUAGGGGGUUGGUUGAUUCUCGAACCUUAUAUAACUCCUUCGCUUUUCUUAGAAUUUAAUAAAACUAGUGGUAAGGAGUCUGAUAUCCCAAUUGACGAACAUGCUUAUUGCAAAAAGCUCGGUUAUAAAGAAGCAAAAAGUAGAUUAACCAAGCACUGGGAUACCUUUUACAAUGAGUCAGAUUUUGCCCAGAUGAAAGAAUUUGGUUUGAAUAUGGUUCGUAUACCAAUUGGAUAUUGGGCAUUUGAAAAGCUUGAAAAUGAUACGUACGUUCCCGGGGCACAGAAGUAUUUAGAUAAGGCCAUAGAAUGGGCAUCUAAAUAUGAUUUGAAAGUAUGGGUUGAUCUUCAUGGUUUGCCUGGUUCCCAGAAUGGUUUUGACAACUCGGGCCUCAGAAAUCUUAAUUACCCUGGAUGGUUUAAUCGAACUGAGAAUGUUGAUUUAAGUCACCGUGUAUUAAACAAAAUUUAUUCAAAGUAUGGGGGAUAUAACAUGUCAACACAAUACAAGGAUACAAUUUUGGGCAUUGAGGUCGUUAAUGAACCCCUUGGGCCGAAAUUGUCUAUGAAAAAAGUAAAGAAGUUUUAUGAAGAUAGCUAUGAAGAUGCAAGAAAAAUACAAGCAAUUAAUAAUACAAUUGUAUUCCAUGAUGCUUUUCAACUGAUGGGAUACUGGAAUAAAUUUCUAUCUUAUCUGGGAAAUAGAACUAAUUCUACCGUUGAUAACUACAACAUUCUUAUAGACCAUCAUCAUUACGAAGUCUUUUCACCGGGGGCUUUAAAUCUGACUAUAGAAGAACACCUUCUGAGUAUCAAAUCUCUUAGCUCAUCUAUAAAGGAUGAAAAUACACAUCACCCUGCUGUUGUUGGUGAAUGGCUGGCUGCUUUGACUGAUUGCACGCCUUGGUUGAAUGGUGUAGGUAUAGGAACAAGGUUCGAAGGUACGUCGCCAUAUAACAAUGACAAGAUCGGAACAUGUGAUGAUAUUAAUAUGUGGGAUAAAUGGUCUAAACAGAAGAAAAAGAAUUAUAGAAAGUUCAUUGAAAUGCAACUCGACCAAUAUAGUUCUAAAAUGAAUGGUUGGAUAUUUUGGUGUUUCAAAACUGAGACAUCAAUAGAGUGGGACUUUAAGAAAUUGGUUGAUUUUGAUCUUAUGCCUCAGCCUCUAGAUGACAGAAAAUACAUAGUUAACGGAACCGAUACAGAUAGCGAAGGUGACCACAAAAAAGGUAUAGCUUCGACUACUCACCAUACAAGCAUGUGGGUUUUGCUAAUUGUAUUUUGUCUUCAACUUAUUAAUUGCAUCACUUAUUAG